UAUAUGGUCUUACCAAAGAGAAGUGGCCACACGUAGUAAAUGAGUUAGUCAGAGUUUUAAAACCAGGUGGAUAUUUAGAGCUAUCUGAAUCUUCUGUAUUAUUUGAUUCUGGUCCAGUCACUAAAUAUUUGAGUAAUUGUGUAUACGGAAUAAUAAAAGAACAAGGCAGUGAUCUUGAUUCAUAUCAGAAGUUAGAGGAAUAUUGUCGAAAUAAAG